AUGUUCCUUACGCGUUCAGAAUACGACCGUGGUGUCAACACUUUCUCGCCCGAGGGACGGUUAUUCCAAGUCGAAUAUGCCAUCGAAGCAAUCAAGCUAGGCUCAACAACAGUAGGAAUCAAAACCCCCGAAGGCGUCGUCCUCGCCGUCGAAAAGCGAGUCCAAUCCCCCCUCCUCGAAUCCUCCUCCAUCGAAAAAAUCAUGGAAAUCGACACCCACCUCGGCUGCGCCAUGUCCGGCCUCACAGCCGACGCACGCACCAUGAUCGACCACGCCCGCGUCACAGCGCAGAACCACGCCUUCACUUAUGAUGAGAGGAUUAAGGUCGAGAGCGUUACGCAGGCUGUGUGUGAUUUGGCGUUGAGGUUUGGUGAGAGUGUGCAUGAUGAGGAGGCGAUGAUGAGUAGGCCGUUCGGUGUUGCGCUGCUUAUUGCGGGGAUUGAUGAGUUGGGACCCCAGUUGUAUCAUACGGAUCCUUCUGGUACCUUCAUUCGGUAUGAGGCCAAGGCCAUUGGAUCAGGAUCGGAAGCAGCACAGAGCGAACUGCAGGAUAAAUGGCACAAGCAAAUGUCACUCAAAGAAGCACAGAUCCUCGCUCUUCGAGUACUGAAGCAAGUCAUGGAGGAGAAGUUGGAUCAACACAAUGUUCAAUUAGCCCAGGUGACCCCUGCAAAGGGAUUCGAGAUCCUCGACGAAGUCAGGCUAAAAGCCAUUAUCGAGGAGAUGUGA